AUGUAUUCCCUUCCCAGUCCCCCUGUUUCUGAGAGUGGGCUUCCUUGGAAGUCAGCGAUUGCUACUGUGAGCCUGGGUGCUGCAAAUCUACACCCAAUCACAGCCAAACUCGACGCUGCUGCCCGCAAUGGCCAACAAGGACUCGAACUGUUCCACGAUGAUCUCACACAGCUUGCCAAGACACUCCAGCUGAAUGACAGCUCGCUCCGCUCUUCCCGAAGCUAUGAGAUUGACGCAGCUCGCACCAUCCGCCAUCUAUGUGCGGAGCGCCACUUGCGCAUUUUGGCCCUGCAGCCCUUCCGACACUACGAAGGCCUGAUUGACCCCGUUCGCCAUGUUGAACGGAUUGACGAACUCAGGCACUGGGUCGAAUUGACCAAAAUCCUGGGGGACUCCGUUUUCAUUCUGAUCCCUUCGUCAUUCCUGGAUUCUUCUGAAAUUACUGGGAACAGGGACCGCCUUGCCUCAGACUUGGCCGAGGCUGCAGAUGUAGCAUUCCCCGUGCGUAUCGCAUAUGAAGCACUCGCUUGGGGUACAUACAUCAACACCUGGGAAGAUUCUUGGGACGUGAUCAACCGGGCCGAUCGACCCAAUCUGGGAAUUUGCAUGGAUACUUUCAACAUUGCAGCCCGGAUAUGGGCUGACCCCACCAACCCCGCCGGACGACUGCCUGUAAGCGCCGACCAGACUUUGCAGGACUCGAUGGAUCGACUUGUCCGCGAAAUCGACGUGAGUCGGAUCCUGAUGGUUCAACUGGCUGAUGGCGAGAGGGUCGACCCGCAGACGCCAUUUCUCCACGUCGGCUUGCCCACGCUGCUCGCCUGGUCCCGGAAUGCCCGUUUGUUCCCCUUCGAAGAGGAGCGCGGUGGAUAUCUUCCGAUCCGUGAGGUCACCAAUGCGUGCAUCACACGUCUGGGCUAUACUGGGUGGAUCAGCAUGGAGAUCUUCUCACGGACAACUGGAGAGGAUAACCCCUUGGUCCCAGAUGCGCACGCCAGGCGAGCCAGUCAAUCAUGGCAGCGCCUCGUGCAAUAUUUGAAAAAUCAGAAAGAAAAGACACCCGUGUCAGUCUCAUUGGACUGA